AUGGACCCUCGUACAACGCGCUCCGGUGCACGCUAUGCCGAGUUCUCGGACGCUCUUCCUUGCGCGACUGAUCUCCCUUUCGAACGCCUUAUGCGCAGCGCCUGCCGGCUGAGCGCCAUGGUCGAUGCCCGCAACGGAGGCGACGCUCCCAUCAUCUGGUCUCCGACCGAGCCACUCACUCCACUGGACUCGGACGACGACGCGCCUUCCGACGAACCGCAGACGCGCCGAACGGCAGAUGUGCGCGAGGUUCUCGAUGCUGUCUGCGGCCUUCUGGAGGACGUCGAGCUGUGCGAGGCUGAACGUAAGAGCUGGGUUGCGAGUACGAGCGCAGCUGAAGUGGGCGGUGACGGGCUACAGGAGGGUGUUUCCAGUCCUCAAGCUCAUGUUGCCCCCUCGUCGCCGCCAUCGACUCCGCAUGCUGCCCCUUUGCCGCCCGGCAACGUUCCCCCGAGCUCGUCCCAGACGCCGACAGAGGAGCGGCGCGGGCGCGGUACAGGUCGCGGCCAAACUCUUCCCCGCGAGCCCCGCUUCCGCUCGUGCUCGGCUGGCGCAACGUCUCCUCGACGAGCGGAGUACCGCCCGCCCCCUCGAAAGCCCCCUACGCAAACCCCAGCUCCUACGUCGCAACAUCCUCCGUCCUCCCACCGCACUGCGUCGGUCUGCGAAGAGAGUGCGCGGCGUCUUGCUGGAUCGGACUCAGAAUCCGAAUCACAACCUGACGCGCCUACAUCAAGCGGCGCGAAGCGCAAGCGGGGCAACAAGAAAGCGAGCCGGCAAAGAAAGCGCGCAAAGGGCGACGGCGGGGCACAGACGGCGCAGGCGGACGGUGCGGACAGCCGAGUCUGUGCCGGCGAAGGCAGCGGCAAAGCUCCCAAGCAGAGGGGUGCGAAGGAAAAGGCCUACAAGCAACGACGCAAGGCGCUCAAGCGCGCUCAGGCUCGCGCAGACGCCGCCCGUGCCAAACCAUACGACAAGCUUCACGACGAGAACAAGUAUUAUGCCCGCCCUCGCACAGUCAAGCUUGUCAACCUCAAGACGUUCGAGGUUCGCUACGCCACCCAGCGAGGCGGGUACAACUCCUUUUCGUAUAAAGACAAGAAGGUCUAUACCGUGCAGGAGUUAAAGAGGCGCGGCUUCAAAGAGUUGCCUUGGGACGGCAACGACACCGUUGCCAUCCUCGACAACAAGAACCGCCUCAUUUGCGUUCUGCUUGGCCCUCCCAAACACCUCUCUCAAGAAGAGAAGCUGAGUUGGGAGCAUUCGAUGGUGGAGCUCGCCAAGACGCUCGAACAGGCCCGUGCGAAGCAUGCCGACGCCUUCGCGGAGGAUGGCAAGCAUUUCAACCACGAUCGCGGCGUGUUUGCUGCGUUUGCGACGGGGUUCACGGCUAGCAACGGCAAGACGGGCCCUUCGAACUUGACGUAUGCGCACGCAGGACAUCGCGCUGUGGCCGAGCAGCUCCUCAAGGACGGCAACAUGCGGCGAGUUGCUGCUUUCGCAAGUGAGGCGCUUGCAUACUACUUCCCGCUUGUGUACAAACACCUUCGCGAACGUCUCCGGGCGCUGUGUGAAGUGCACCCCGAGCUCCGCUUUCCCUUCGAGGGCCUCAGCAUCUAUCCCACCGUGACCUUCAACCUCGGCCCCGUCUCCGUCACCUACGGCCACAACGACGGCACCAAUUAUGCGGGUAUUCCGUGCAGCAUCACGGCGCUCGGAUCAUUCAAGGCCGAAGAAGGCGGCCACCUCGUCCUGUUCGACCUUCGCCUGUACAUCAAGUUUCCGGCUGGGCGAACCAUCCUCCUGUCAUCGGCAGGCCUCCGACACGGCAAUACGCAGCUGGCACCUGGUGACAAGAGGUACAGCGUCACGCAGUACUGCCAGGGGAGUCUGAUCCGAUGGGUGGCCUAUGGCUUCCGCAAGUCGGGGGAUUUCACGGAUGCUGAGAAGGACGAGAUGGACGAGGCGGCCGGUGAGGGUUGGGCGGCUCAGUUGGGAAGGUUCUCGACUUGGAAGAGCCUCCCAGAGGAUAGGAGAGCAGUCGUUGACUUGGAGAGAGCGCUGCAGUUGGGCGGUAGCUAG